CAGAAGGUAACCGACCGUCUGAGCAGGGAAACAAAUUUUAACUGAAACUACUAGUGUUUUGAUAUGGAAUCGUAUUUGACAUUUGAAUUUGUGUUUUUCCUAACUCUAUCCGUAAUAUUUAUAGCGAAAGGAACUUUACUUUCCUAUACAGUUACGCAAAGGAAAUGUCCGAAAAAAAUAGAACUAGGAUUUGCAACGAUGCUUGAAUCAAAAGUAGCGGAUGACUGUGUAGAAAAAUGUGCGCUAAGAAAUCACUGCACAUUUCUCAUGUAUGUACACAGGGUGAACAUUUGUAAACUGUACAGCGUUGAUAUCCCCAGUUUUCCCGAAGACGUUACAAACACAGUUCCAUGCAUCAUCGUAAAGCGUUCUGAUAUUGGGCCUCUUCCGGGCGUCGAUGUGUGCAACUGUCAGGACUGGGAGACAUGUGAUCCGGGUAGCAAAGCUUGCAGGAAAACAGAGUGUCCUCCACCACCAGACAUGAUGGGCAGAUCAGUGUUAGGAAAUCUGAACCACAAUGGCGCACGAAUACGCUUUUCCUGCCAGGCCGGAUAUCACGUGACUAAUAGCGGGAAAUCAUUCACCUGCGUCGACGGAGAAUGGCAGACUCCUCCGUUUACUUCUUGUGAUAUCGUUACGGCCUGCGCUGUCGGAAAUAAAUGGCGAACAACAGAGCUCGGAUUGCUCCUCGUGGUUGCCAACACGGAAGUAACCUAUGAUAACGCGCUCAUGUGUUGCCAUAACAACGUAGGUCAGCUCCUGCGUGUGGAUUCCUUGGAGGUGAAGGCAAUGUUGGACAAAGAAAUGGCCGGCUCUAACGAUGAGUUAUGGCUUGAUGGUCGCCGCUUCGAUAACGACGUGAACGGGUUCGUGUUUUCUGACGGUACACCUAUCACUGAGACUUUCUGGCUACCACCAGAACCAAACGAAUAUGCUUCAUGCAUCCGCAGGGUUGGGGAAUAUUGGAGGGAUCGAGACUGCAAAUAUCAAUUCGGCUUUAUUUGUCAGAGAUCAAAAGAAAAUGGUGGAUUUAACAUACCUGCAGCUUAACAGCGGCAUCAAUUCAGUGAACUUUAAAAGAAUCAUAUGGCAUUUGCAUUUGUUAUUAUAACACUUACAAUUAUAAAAAAAAAUUAUUCCAUAUACUUAGGUAUUACUCCGCUAUUUUUCUCUAGUUGUUGCUGCAAUGGACUUUUUCUAGCAUUUAUAAUCUUUAUUGUCCGAACGAAAUUUUAGUUAUCUAUGAAAGCAUUUCUCGAUAGUUGCAACAUCGAUGUUUUACUAAGUAUUUGAGAUAUAACAUAAUAUAGCGUUCAUUAUGAAUACUGGUUCAGCUUGUCCUCUCAGUAUGAGUAGGCAUAAAUUUUUUUAAGUAUGUGAAAUCAUGGCUUUUAAAUGGAAAUAAAAACGGUGAUCAUAUUCAAUGCCAUAUAUUUAUUCCUAUAUCAGAAGGAAGGAAAUGAAAACACAUACUUGUAAUGCUGAUAAGUACUAUAAUAGUUAGGAAGCUUUAAGUAUUUACAAUUAUUAUUUUUAUUUUUGAAUGUGCGUGCGUGCGUGCGUGCGUGCGUGCGUGUGUGUGAGUGUUUCAAUGUUACAUUUUUAUGAUAUUUUGUCUCAAUGUGUCUAGACGCCUACAUGAUUUUGUAAGAGUGAACGAACCACAAAUUGUAAAAAAGUACAUUGACUUCUCUGCGACAAACACAUGACCGAAUUGGU